AUGAGUUUUUAUAAUUUAAAGCCUACACUCAAUAAUCAAGCAUAUGAUUUCAAUAUAUUAAGAAAUAAAGUUGUCUUGAUAGUGAAUGUAGCAUCUAAGUGUGGCUUCACAUCACAAUAUUCUAAUCUUGAAAAACUUUAUCAAAAAUAUAAAGAUUCCGGCUUUGAGAUUCUUGCAUUUCCAUGCAACCAAUUUGGGAAUCAAGAACCUGGAACAAAUGAAGAAAUUAUUGAAUUUUGUUCUCGAAAAUAUAAUGUAACAUUCCUUAUUUUUGAUAAGAUUGAAGUCAAUGGAGAUAACGCUGAUCCUGUUUAUGUAUUUCUUAAAAAUCAAAAGAAAGGUUUACUUAAUAUUUCCCGAAUAAAGUGGAAUUUUGAAAAGUUUUUAAUAAAUAAAACAGGUGAAGUUGUAAACCGUUAUUCCUCUUUUACAAAACCAGAAAAUAUUGCUUGUGAUAUUGAAAAGCUUCUAAUAUAA